AUGGAGAUUCCUCGGACCGCUAUAGAAGAAGAGCUGGAAACCCUCUAUGAUGCUUAUUAUGAAGAACUUGAAUUAUAUGCCAAUCAACAACAGUUUGGUUCCUCGAACAUUGAAUACCGCAGUGAGCAGGGUAGCGAUACUCGGAAGGAACUCUUUAAUUUUGGUAAUAGUUUGACUGUGAAAGGAGGUAUCUUGACCGUAGCCGAUGACCUUUUAAAAAAUGAUGGCAAGAAGUUUCUUGAAAUGAUGGAACGACUUGCUGAGCGUCGAAUGCAGCGCGAAGAGGAAGCUGCAAUGGAACAACAAGAACAACGCAUGGAAGAAGGUCGACGGAUGUUCCAGAUAUUUGCUGCACGAAUGUUUGAACAACGGGUUCUAAAUGCUUAUCGGGAAAAGGUUGCUCAAGAACGACAGCAAAAGUUAUUAGAGGAGUUGGAGGAAGAAAAUCGAGCCUUAAAACAGCAAAAGGAGGAAGAACGCGCAAGAAAAGAGGCGGAGAGGCUUGCUGAAGAGCAGGCAUUGCGUGCAGAGCGUGAAAGAAAAUCAGAGGAAGAACGUAAAAAACGUGAAGAGGAACGCCUCCGAAAGGAGGCCGAGCGAAGAGCAAGAGAAGAAGAACGUCUGAAAAAAGAGGAAGAAAAAAGGCGGAAAGCAAAGGAAGAAAAAGAAAAGGAAGAACGCAGGAGAAAAGAACAGGAGGCAAAAGAGCGUAAGGAACGUGAGGAGAGAGAACGCAAGGAAAAAGAGGAAAAGGUGAGAAAAGAAAAAGAAGAAAAGGAACGUAGACAACGUGAAGAACGUGAGCGGAAAGAACGCGAAGCGAAGGAACGAAGGGAACGUGAAGCAAAGGAACGAAAAGAAAAAGAAGAGCAAGAACGUAGGGAAUUAAGGGAACGUGAAGAGAAAGCACGAAAAGAUAAAGAAGAAAAGGAACGUAAAGAACGUGAAGAAAAGGAACGAAAAGAAAAGGAGGAGAAAGAGAUGCAAAGAAUUACAAUCCUAAAUCCCACACGUCACGCUGAACGAAAACGAACGAUUCCGCCAAUUGGGCAACCCACGAUACCUACACAAUCCCAGCCACCACCACCAAUAAAUAAUCCACCCGUUGUUCAACCAAAAGCUGUUACGAUGCCUAAUGGAACGAUCAACUGGAUACCUGUUCCUCCGCAUCAUCCCAUAAAUUCAGCACACAUUCCACCGCCUCCGAAUCAUUCGAAUCAUAUACCACCACCACCACCGCAUCCCAUCUUCAAUCAGAAUGGACCACAGCCUCAGUUUGGGCAACCUACUGGCGUUAUAAAUCCGUCAGGAAUAACAAAUGAGAUUGUGAACGAUGUAUACACAAACAAUAAAAAAAUUCCACCACCACAAACGAACACUAUACCGGGGAUGAACCCCGCGUCAUCACUAUUUACAACAGGCUUAGGACCAAUGUUACACCCACAUCAUGGUGGACCGCCGAUGCCGAUGCACGUUCAUCAUCCCGGGAUGCGACAGCAGAUUCCACCCCGAGGGUUUAAUCACAUUGGGACUGCCCCUCACUUAACCGGAUCUUCCUCAGGUGUUCCACCAUCCGUUACAUCCACAAAUCUGUCUCUGCUGAAUGAUUCUGUAAUAGGUGGAAGUGGGAAUAUGGGGUCAACAGGAGUAAAUGCUAAUCCUCCUCCUGGUGCAUUUGUUGGGUUAUCCCUAGGUGGAGGGCAAGGGCCACUGGGUCCACAGACAUUUAACUUGGGAACACAGGUCGUUGGUCAACCACCAGCUACAUCCCACAUGGGUCCCAGUGUUGUGCAAAGUGCCCCACUGGCUCCCAUUGGUCAUCGUAGAAUGUCUCAACAUCCUGAAGACUCUCACGUUAAAGCUGUGCAGCGCCCACAACCACAGCCAAUACAACGUCCUCGGAGAGGGUCGACGUCUGCUCAUAACCUGGAGACACGUACGAGGUCGCCCCCACCAGGAUUUGGUAAUGUGGUUGGUUCCAGCGCGUUGCUCAAUGACGACCCAUCACACCCGAUGACAAAUAGAAGGCAGAGCCUUGCGCCGACGGAAACUUCAUAUUUUUCCAACUCCUUAUUUUCGGCACUGCCCGGAGAGACAUCCCAACAAUCUCAUCCAUCGCAGUCUUCACAGAAUCAGCAAUCACAACAACCCGGUUCAUCACGUUUACCACACAGAACUACAGCGAGUGAUAAUGAAUGGCCUCUAAUAAGAAGGCCUGGAACAAACGACAGUGCGUCAACUUCUGACAUCUGGGGUUUAAACAGUGGACAGUUGUGGUACCAAGAAGGUAGUAACAAUACUAAUCGUAGGGUAAUGGGCGCGAGAGACUUUGGGAUACCAUAA